CUGCGCAGCAUUUAUAAAUAAAGUUUUUGAGAAAAAAGCUAAAGACAACAGACUAGCUGGAGAGUUUAUAGCUUAAAAACUAAUAGCUUUUCAAAAGAGAGAGGACUGUAACAUUAGCUAUGUUUAAGAAUAAGUCUGCCUGGUUCUCAAACAGUGUGCCACAGGCAUGUCACUACUUUUGGAUAUUGGAGGGUGGAAGCAUUAGUGGUUGCAGAACAGCAGAUUACCUUUUCAGUGAAGAUGCUACAUGUGUUGAUACUCUCAGGAUAUUUGAGAGCAAAGACUAUCUUUGGAACAAGGUAGCAGUUUUUCACAGCUUGUUUCUGUCUGCCUGUGAGAGGCGCCAGAGUGUGAAGUCUGUGUGCAUUGGUCAUUAUGUGCUGCCUCCAGCCUCAGUACAGGAUGAGGUGAGACAGGUGGUUGGUAGGUUGAUUUGGGAGUGUGAAGAUGAGCAGUCAGUGGCAAAGAGUUUGAGUUGCCAGACAGAAGAUGAGUGCAGUGAAGUCACCAAAAGCGAUUCUGAACCAUCUGACACAGACUCAUCAGAAAGUGAAGCCCCUCUAUGUGCUCAUUUUCCAGUUACUAACAAGGUCACAGGGUACGUCAGCAUGGACAGCCUGCAGAAAUAUACAGGUGAUCUGUGUCAUUUCCAUCCCGGAUGUUUCCGAUGCUCCAGCUGUAAAGGCCGCCGCUGCCUGUUGCACACAUAAGCACAAUUGCAGUGAAAAGCAUGUUGCAAGCUGUAGAAAAUGUUCUGUCAAAAUGAGUUAUUAUAGUUUUAUAUUACGACAUGUUUGUAUUGCCUAUCUGCACUUUUCUAGGCAGUGUAGAUGUAUACACUGACAUAAAAUAAGUUAGUGUAACUUGGCUAAAGCUGAUCUCAUGUUGUUGACAUUUAUUUUUAUCUGCUAAUUGUUUUAUCCAUCUAACAUAGCUAAUGUAGCUAUUUUUUCAUGUUGUGCAUUGAAAUGAGCCGAAUAGGUCGAUUUGUAAUCAAAACUGUAAUAGUGCCGUACUGUCUGGUUUCUGGAAUGACAAUGGAGUGAGGAUAGACUUGCCCCCGUAGGUGCCACAGGGUUUGAACUUGUGUGUUCAACUGUGCUUUAGCUUAGUUUGUAGGCUAAAUAGCAAGUGUAAGAAAUCCAGCACAUAGUGUUAUAUGUAGUUUUAUCGACCAGCAAUGUCAUGCAAUGGUGUUUAUUAACAGACUUCAUAUAGGCCUUUUUAGUUUUGAAACACCACUUUCAUUUAGUGCAUUACUAAUGAGGCGUUUCCAGGUCAAAGCUGUUUUUAUAUCUUGUUCAUUUUCCUUCUCAACAGUUGAUAGACAACAAGAACCAUGUCAAAAAUAGAAAAUGUGUAUUGUCCAAACAAACAUACCAUAAUGGUAAUGCUUUACAGUCGUUUACUAUUUGUUUAUUGAUAGACUGGCUUAAUGUGUUUGUUUAGUCAUAAAGAUGUUUGUAUUUAAUUUUGGAAACUUCAGUUAGUUUUUCUGUAGAUGCCAUCAAAAAAGUUAAACUAACUCUAAACUCUAAAUAUAUUGUUGCCAUAUCUUGAGAAAUAUCUUAUGU